AUGUCAUUGCUCAGGGGCCUGUGCACUAGCGCGCAGAAGGUGACCGCCAACGGCGUCCAGCUUCACGUCGUGACGAGCGGCGACGCGUCUCUGCCACCACUGCUCUGCAUGCCGGGCGGCCUAGGCACCGCAGAGACGGACUUUGGCCCGCAGCUCCGCGAGCUGUCCGACUCGUUCCAGGUGGUCUCGUGCGACCCACGCGGGUACGGGCAGUCGCGUCCGCCCGUGCGCGACUUCCCGCCCGACUUUUACCAGCGCGACGCCGACGACGCCGCGGCCGUGAUGCGGGCACUCGGCCACGAGCGCUACGCGGUGAUGGGGUGGUCGGACGGCGCGAUCGCGGCGGUGAUGCUCGCCGCGUCUCAGCGCGCGGCCGACCCUAUCUGCCUCUCCGAGCACCCGCGCUGGUUCGCAGACAACAUGGCGGACGCGCGGCUGCAUGUCUUCCCCGACGGCAAGCACAACAUCCACCUCAAGUACGCCGCCGAGGUCAACGAGAUGGUCCGCUCCUUCGCCGCCCCGUGA